UGGGAGAUGGCGGAUUUUCAGUGUGCAGCCACCACCUGCUUGGGCCAUUUCAUCCGAAAGGCAUGCUUUUUAUGUUUUGGCCUUGGUCAAACAUAACAAUGUUUUGACAUUUCAUUGUUCUUUCUCAUUCCAGAUAUCAAAGGCGAAACGGAUCGAAGCCGACUGUGGCUGAAGUGAGGACCCGUGAGGUCUAGCGCACCUACUGCCUUUCGUACAACAACUCGUAUCGUUGUCAAAGGAUACAAUGGCUGAUCGAGGUCGAGGUGGCGCAGCCAGGGGUGGAAGAGGAGGCGGGCCUGGCACACGAGGAGGCAAAGGCCCUCAGCCCACCCUUGACAAACCAAAGAGAGAAGCCAUCCUUGAUCUGUCAAAAUACGCGAAUCAAAGGAUACGUGUAAAGUUCACGGGGGGACGCGAAGUCACUGGUGUUUUGAAAGGUUACGAUCAGCUACUCAACCUGGUCCUCGACGAGGUAGAGGAGAUACUGCAAUUUGAAUCGGGGUCAAGAACACGUUCAUUGGGGUUGGUCGUCCUGCGAGGACCAACAAUUACGUUACUCAGUCCUGUUGAUGGUUGGGAAGAGAUUGCCAAUCCGUUUGUUCAGCAAGAGGGAGCAUGAUCUGCACUCUUGGUAUCCCACAUGUACUUAUAUAUCACCACUAUCCAAUAUCAGGUGUGUUGUAUAGAUUCAUACUGUGUCAACAUUCAACCCAGACGAACGUAUUAUUCCAGUGGUUCUCUCGUACGGCGUCUGGACAUACAAGUGUUACUUGUAGUCUCCGAGUCAACAGGAAUCGAGAUGGUUCGAGUUAGUAAAGGAAGCGGAAUACUCGCGCUUCGUCGCAAUAUAUUGCAUGUAUAUUACUAUCCGUUGACAUCGUGCCACCUCCAGUAGUCUGAAUCUUCAUGCUACUUGAACCAAUGAACCAAAUUUCUACUCGGUCGUCGUAAAAUCAGGAG